UUUUAUCAUAGCACAAAUUCCUCAGAGGAGCUCUUUGGAGUUUCCCUAAGUUGAAUAUUGUUUUAGUUUUACUUGUCUACAGUCUGAGGACCAGAUCUGGCCCGCUGCCUGUUUUUGUAAAUAAAGUUUUAUUGAAACAGCCAUGCACACUUGUUUGUACAUUGUCUAUGGCUGCUUUCACACUAGAAUGGCAGAGUUGAGCAGUUAUGGCAGAGAUCGUGCAGCCCAUGAAGUCUAAAAUAUUCACUAUCUGGUCCUUUACAGAAAACUUUUUCACCCCUGUGCUCGAUUGACAUGGCUGCCUGUUUCUUCCUUCCCUCACCAUCUUUUCCCUCCUGUUAAGUUCGUCGAUGGUCCUGACUCGUCUUUUCUUCAUAACCAGAAUAUCGAUCAAGAACAUUUUUGUUGUUUUUCUCUAUUAUAUCUUCAGAACUAAAAUCUAAAAUUUAUGUUUCCUAAAUUAAAAUUUCAGCAAACUUCUAAAACAUUUAAAUGAUUAUUCUCAAUUUCUAUGGCCCCAUUGUUGGAUGAGAAUUGUCAGGUGUACAGCCAUUCAUUUUUUCUCCUCUUAGAAGUCACUGGCUUGCAGGUUACCCAAAAUGCCACUAGGUGGCUCCUGAAUCAGUACUGUCCUCUCCACUCUCCUUCCCACCUGCCUUGUCUGAGUUGGUAUUUGAGGAACUCAAGACUGAGUUUUGCUUAUCUAAGCCAAUGAACUCUUGAUCAGCAGGGAAAGAUGGCAUUGGGGGGCAUUUUCCUUAAAAAAAGUCCCAUGUUCCAAGUGAGUGCAAAAUACUCUGAGGAAAAUUUCAAUAUAGGUAUUUUUUUUUCUGAGCUAGUAGGUUAAUCCAUCAUAAAACAAUUAAGCUAUCACCAAUCCAGGAUUUCUACUAAAGCCUCAUCAUUUGAAUUAAAAUGGUCAAUAAUUUCAGAGUCAUUUCCCAUUUAAUUAACACAUGUAGCCAUUAGCACAAUGCCUAGGGUCCACAAUACUAUUGGGUGGGUGUGGGGGGCCAUGAAAUUGUGUUAAUUUCUCAGAUCAGAAGAAAUAAAUAAGCUUUGAGGGUUGAAGAAUAUAUUCAUCUUUAUACCAACACAGUCCUAUAACAUACACAUUUAAAAUGUUAUAAUAUUUAAAUUAUUUUAAAUAAAAUUUAGAUUUUAUUUGAUUCAAUAAACUUUAUUUGAAUACAAUUUAAAUAAAAGUAAAAAAAAUUUUAUGGGGAAGGCAGAAGUGCCUAGGGCCCAUAGAAGUCAUGAUAUAGCCCUAGUAUUCAGAUUCCUAAAGGUGUUACUUUGUUCAUUGCAGAUAUCACUGUUACAGGCUUUGUCUUUCUGGGGAGUUCUUUUCACACGGACUGCAGCAGACCUUGUAAAUUCCUCUCCCACAUCCACUUGACCCUUAUAUGUUUUUUUCUCAUCAGAUGGGGACUUUGAAUUCCCUGUACAUGUCAAGUGGGAAUUACUGGGAAAUUCAUGCCUCCUGGUAGAAACUCUUUUAAAAAUUUUUAAAAAAAUUUAAGUAGGCUCCAUGCCCAACAUGGGGCUUGAACUCAUGACCCCUGAGAUCAAGGGUUGCAUGCCCUACUGACUGAGCCAGCCAGGCAUGCCCCUCUUGGUAGAGACUCUUAAACAAUGACCAUUUUACUCUCUGUUUUUUUUUAAGAGUCUGGCUCUUUUAGAUUCCACCUAUGAGGGAUAUCAUACUGUAUUUGUCUUUCCUUAUCUGACUAAUCUCACUUAGCAUCAUGUCCUCAAGAUCCAGCCACAUUUAGUUGCCCACGGCAGGAUUUGCUUCUUUCCCAAGGCUGAUUAAUAUUCCAUUGUGUGUAUAUAGCCCUUCUCCUCCUUCUCCUUCCUCUCCUCCUCCUCCUUGUUCUUUUUAAGUAAUCUCUACACCAAACAUGGGCUUGAACUCGCCACCCCAAGAGUCGCAUGCUGUACCAGUGAACCAGCCAGGUGCCCCAUACCACAUCCUUAUUUGUUCAUCCAUUGACUGACACAGGUUGUUUCCAUAUCUGUGAUUUUCUUGUCUAUUGAAGAGACACUGGCUAGCUGGGUGAUAUUUAGGAAAACAAGUGACAUAAUUUCUGAGUCUCUUUCCUUUUUUGUAAAACAGGGAUGAUUUCCUACCCUACCGGUACCAGAUGCACGGCAGAUUCGUUAUGAAAUUGUCCCAUUCCAUUCACUCUGUCCUCUCCUCUCAGGCUCCUGAGAAGCAGCAGGAAAAUGUCACCUGGCUGGUGACUGAGUUUGUGCUGGUGGGUUUCUCCAACCUCCCAGAUCUGAGAACUACCCUCUUCGGGCUGUUCUUUCUCACAUACCUGGUCACCCUCAGUGGCAACAUCACCAUCAUCACCAUCAUCCAGGUGGAUCGGACCCUUCACACUCCUAUGUACGGCUUCCUGGCGGUGCUGUCCCUCUCCGAGACCUCCUACACGCUGGUCACCAUCCCCAACAUGCUGGCUCAUCUGCUCAUGGAGAGCCAGGCCAUCUCCAUCCCCGGCUGUCGGGCUCAGAUGUUCUUCUUCCUGGGCCUGGGAUGCAGCCACUGCUUCCUCCUUACCCUGAUGGGUUAUGACCGCUAUGUGGCCAUCUGCCACCCCCUGCGGUACUCGGUGAUGAUGAGACCCACAGUUUGCCUCUGCCUGGAAGCCCUGGUUUUCUGCUCCGGCUUCUCGGUGGCCUCGAUCGAGACCAGCAUGAUCUUCUCCUCGCCUUUCUGCGGCAGCGACCGCGUGGAGCACUUUUUCUGUGACAUCGCCCCGGUCCUGAAGCUCAGCUGCUCCGGGAGUGCCGGCAAAGCUCUGGCCAUCUUCUUCCUGAGCGUCCUCGUGGUGCUGGUCUCCUUCCUCCUCAUCCUCCUCUCCUACGCCUUCAUCGUGGCCGCCGUCGUGAGGAUCCCCUCCGCAGCCGGCCGGCGCAAGGCCUUCUCCACCUGCGCGGCCCACCUCACCGUGGUCAUUGUGCAUUUCGGCUGCGCCUCCGUCAUCUACCUGCGGCCCGAGUCCGGGGGAAGGCCUGACCAGGACCGCCUGGUGGCUGUGUUCUACACGGUGGUGACGCCGCUGCUGAACCCCGUGGUGUACACCCUGCGCAACAAGGAGGUGAGGGUGGCUCUGAGGAGGACCCUGGCGCAGAGCCGCGGGGUUUUUAAAUAGACACUUGAUCCACAUUCCCCUUCUAGCUUUUUCAUGAACGCAUGUUCCGCCUGACGCUCAGUUUCCCCCCCUUGGAAAAUAGGGGCCGCUCGCAUACCCUUGAAUCAAAUAGCCUCUUCAAUGAAGCAGUUGACAGUGGCUGAGACCCACCAUAAAGUCCAGAAAGGCUGCCUCUUCCUUUGGUCUUUGCGUCUUUGACUUUGCGGGGAUGCACCGCCCUCUGCAGUGCAGAUGGUCACCUGCAGGUGGCGCCACGAACCCUGCCAAGGUUUGGCGGGCGGAGCAGGGUAGUGUUGGCAGUGAGCAGGAAGGGCUGCUUCCUCCUUACCCUGCUGGGUUAGGACCGCGUAGCCUUCUGCCAUCCCGGCGGUACUCGCGAGACCCAUAGUUCACCUCUGACCGGGAGCCCUGGUUUUCUGCUCCGGGUUCUCGAUGGCCUUGAACCAGCAGCCCCAGACUGUCUUUGUUCUUCUUGUCAGAAUCACAUCCUUAAAUGUAGUGGGAGGAGACAAACAAUAAACAAGAUCUUCUUAGUGUAGUGAUAAGUAUUUGGAAAAAAUAGAGUGUCAUGAUGAUUAGAGUUGAUUUCUUGAUGAUUUUCUAGGAAAGUAGGGGGAUUUAAUAAAUCAUUGUGGUAAAACUUAUAUAACAUAAAUUUUGUCAUUUUAACCAUUAACGUUUUUAUUAUUGAGUUUUAUACAUUCUUUGUCUAUUUUGGAUGACAGUCCUUUAUCAGAUAUGUUUUUAAAAAGUUUUUACUUAAUUCCAGUUAUUUAACAUACAUUGUUAUAUCGGUUUCAGGUGUGCAAUGUAGUGAUUUAACACUUCCACGCGUCACCCGGUGCUCAUCAUGACAGGUGCACUCAUUCAUCCCCAUCACCUCCUUAACCUAUCCCGCCACUCACCUCCCCUCUGGCAACCACCAGUUUGUUCUUUUUAAAAUUUUUAUUUAUUUUAAUUUUUAAAAGAUAUUUUAUUUAUUUUUUUUUAUCAGAGAGAGCGAGCGAGUGAGAAAGAAAGAGAGCACAAGCAGGGGGAGUGGCAGGCAGAGGGCGAAGCAGGCUCCCCCCGAGUGAAGAGUCCAAUGCGGGGCUCGAUCCCAGGGCCCUGAGCCAAAGGGAGACACUCAACCAACUGACCCAUCCAGGCAUCCCUAAUUUGUUCUUUAUAAUUAAGAGUCUGUUUCUUGAUUUCUCUUUCUCUUAUUUUUCUCCCUUUGUUUGUUUUGUUUUGCUUCUUAAAUUCCACAUGAGUGAAAUCAUAUGGCCAUUUGUCUUUCUCUGAUUUUACUUAGCAUUAUACUCUCUAGCUCCAGCCACAUCGUUGCAAAUGGUAAGAUUUCAUCCUUUUUUAUGGCUGAAUCAUAUUCCAUUGUUUAUAUAUACUACCUCUUCUUUAUCCAUUCACCAAUCGAUGGACACUUGGGCCACUUCCAUCGUAUCAGAUAUGUCUUUUGUAAAUAUUUUCUCCCAGUCUGUGGCUUGUCUUCCCAUUCUCUUGACACUCUAUUUUUUCCAAAUAUUUAUCGCUAAGAUGAUCUUAUUGUUUAUUGUUUGUCUCCUCCCACUACAGUGUAAGAUCCACAAAAACCUUUCUGUUUUCUUCUCUGCUGUAUUCCCAGUGCAUAGUAUGGUGUCUGGUGUUUUGGAUACACCUGACAAAUAUUUGUUGAGUGAAUGAAUGAAUAACGACUCAUAACAUUUUUAGUUUGUUUUAUUCUUAGUGAAAACGGUAUUAAGCUGGUUUAAAUUCUCCCAUCUUUUUUUUUUUUUUUAAAGAUUUUAUUUAUUUGAGAGAGAGAGUGAGAGCAAGAGAGGAGCACUAGCAGUGGGGAAGGGCAGAGGGAGAGGAAGAAGCAGACUCCUCACUGAACAGGAAGCUGGAUGCAGGGCUCGACCCCAGGACCCUGAGAUCAUGACCUGAGUUGAAGUCAGACACUUAACUAAACUGAGCCACCCAGGUGCCCCUCUUCAUCUUUUUUUGACUCAAUUUCAAAUUGUCACCAUUUUAAUCUUCAGAAUUAAGAAUAAUAGUCAUUUACAACUGUGUGAGAUGAUCGCCACCAUUUAACCAUAUUAAAGAGUACAAUUCAGUGGCAUUAAUUAUGUUCCCAAUUUUUUGCAACUGUCACCAAAGAAGCAAUGACUCUUCAUUCCUCCCUACUCCCAGCCUCUGCUAACCCCAAACCUACUUUCUGUCUCUAUAAAUUUGCCUAUUCUAGAUAUUUCACGUAAGUGGAAUCAUAUAAUCUUUAUACUUUUAUGUCUGGCUUAUUCAUUUAGCAUAAUGUUUUUAAAGAUUUUUAAAUUUUAUUUUAGAAAGAGAGAGAGCAAGUGAGGGGAGAGGCAGAGGAAGAGGAAGAGAGAAAACCCCAAGUAGGCUCCUGGCUGAGCCCAGAGCCUGAUGUGGGGCUCCACCCCACAACUCCA